GUACAGUAUUUACUUUAAUAUCUGUGACGGUGCUUUCCCGUGGAUCUGCGUUUUGGGGGACGGGAGAUAACCUAACAUAAUUGAACUUUAGUUAAUGAUUCUCAGCUGUGUGUGCAUGAUGUUUUAGCAACAUACAAUUGUUACCGUCAACAUGAAGUGGCAACUCACAGAGGGAGCACUUGCCACUAUAAUGCGUGGUGGGACUGUUGAAGGUCCAGUAAUGCAGAUACUGGGCAGCGGGAGAAUAGAUGGUGCAGAAUCAAGUGAGAGGUACCACCUCCAGGUUUCUGAUAGCUGCCACCAGAACAGCGCGGUGCUUGCAACAGAGUUGAAAGACAAGCUGGCAUCUGGAGAGUUGUCAGAAUACUCAGUGGUCCGAUUGAACCGUUGGAUGUUUAACAGUGGGGAAAGGGGAACAGAGCGUGUCAUUGUAAUUGUCGACCUGACAAUACUGGCAAGUGGUACGGAGGUGGGUGUGAAGAUCGGUGAACCUGUGCCGUUCAGAGAGGACAGCUCUACUGGGGCGGCAUGUGAUGAACAGUCCGCACAGCCAGUGCUAUCACCUCCUGCUCUAUCUCAGCCACAGGAGGAUGACACUACAGGAUCCACCUGUGGUUCCAUUCUGCGAAUUGCUGAUCUUAGCCCAGACCAGAAAGAGUGGGAAAUAAAAGCUCGUGUUGUAAAUAAGACAGCAAUAAAACAAUAUAAUAAAGGAGAAGGGAAACGAUUUUCUAUGGAAUUGGUUGAUAACUCUGGGCACAUACAUGCGACAGCAUUUGGUAAACAGUGUGAUGAAUUUUAUGAUCUCAUAGAGGUGGGUAGAGUGUAUUUCAUCAGUAGAGGUAAGCUGAAGCCAACAAAGGAGGAAUUUACCAACGUCAAUCAUGUUUACCAAAUGACGUUUACAUAUAAGACGACAGUUAGACGAUGUGAGAAAGAUGACAUGAGCAUCCCUCACAUUGCUUUCAACUUUGUACGUCUGAACAAACUUGCUGACACUGCUCUUUCAAAAGUCAUUGAUGUCAUUGGUGUAGUAAAGGAUACUGGAAGUGUUGAGGUUGUUACAGUCCGAAAAAGAAAUGAGCAAGAGAAGAAACGUGAGGUUACCAUUGUUGAUGAGAGCGACACCACGGUGAAGCUGACUUUGUGGGGCAAACAGGCUGAAGAGUUCUCGGUGACUCCCGGUUCUGUGCUGGCAGUAAAGGGUGCCAAACAGUCAAACUUUGGCGGUCGGCGCUCAGUAUUGGUUCAGAUGUGGAGCACUGUCAAAGUGAACCCUGACGUACCAGAGACACAACAGCUGCGUGACUGGUAUCACAGACAGGAACAUGUCAACAUUUCGACUGAGCAGCUGGAUGUGGCAGGCACUGCGGAAUACACUCCUCCACAGCCGAAGCAAAAAAUCUGCCCAGUUGCUAAACUCAGCCCAUACCGGAAAGAGUGGAGAAUCGAAGCUCGUGUUGUAAACAAGACACGAAUACAAAGCUGUCCAAAUGAAAGCGGAGACCGGAAACUAUUUUCUAUGGAAUUUGUUGAUAAAUCUGGAGAGAUACUUGCAACAGCAUUUGAUGAACAGUGUUACAUAUUUUAUGAUCUCAUAGAGGAGGAGAGAGUGUAUUCUGUCAGUAAAUGUCGUCUGAAACCAGCGAACAAGAUACUUAGCAGUGUCAAUCACGAUUACCAAAUGAUAUUUACAAAGGAGACGACAGUUGUGUCACGUAAUGAAGAUGACGUGAACAUCCCUCGCCAUACAUUUCACUUUAAACCUCUAAACAAUCUUCCUGACAUUGAUCUCGCAGCACUUGUUGAUAUCAUUGGUGUAGUAAAUACUAUUGGCAGUGUUGAGGUUGUUACGGUGAGAGCAACAAACAAGGAAGAGAAGAAAUGUGACAUUACCAUUGUUGACCAGAGCAACACCACGAUGAAGCUGACUUUGUGGGGUGAACAGGCUGAAGAGUUCUCGGUGGCUCCCGGUUCUGUGCUGGCAGUAAAGGGUGCCAAACAAUCGGACUUUCGCGGUCAGCGCUCAGCAUCGGUUCUGAGGUGGAGCACUGUCAAAGUGAACCCUGACAUACCAGAGGCACACAAGCUGCGUGACUGGUAUCACCAACUGGAACAUGACAAUAUUUCGACUGAGCAGCCAGAAGCGUCAGGCUUCCAGACUGAAGGUUAUAGUGAUGGACAUGAAGGCAGUGGAUAUUAGGAAAUACUCCAUGAAAGUUAUUUCAGACAUCAAGUCUACCAGUGGAAUGUCCUGGUGAAUUGUGCAGAGAGCAGGUGCAAAGUGGAAUAAUUGGAAAAUGUGUUCUCCAUGUAAUAUACUAAGGUGAAUGUGGCACGCAUUGAACAGUCUUCACAAAGAUUUUAUAGAGAUGUGUAAAUAAUUUUAAAACUGACAUGAUGCACACAUUCCAAAAUGUAGUUUCAGAUUUCCUGUUACUGCCUGGAGCAUAUUUUUGAACAUUUUCAUUUUUGUAUUCGGCUGUAAUAAUAUAUGUUUCAUUAUAUUUAACAUAAAUAACUUUCUAUGAAAAAUUGUGUAAGAUUAAUUUUUACACUUGCCUGUGUAUCAUAGUGUAGUUAAAUGAUAAAGAUUUCCUGAAAUUUAUGCGCAUUAGUAAUGAAUUUGUAAUAAAGAGUUUUAUGAAUGAA